AGUGAUUGCCACCUGUUAUACACUUGUUUCUUUUUCUUUCAUAAGGACGAAAGAAUCAUAGCAUUACAAGAGUGGACUUGAAAAGAAGGCAGAACAAGAGCGAACCAUGGCAACUCCUGGUGAGGCUCGUGGUUCUGCUACCUUGAAGGCCAUAACAUUCUUUUGUGUGCUUGCAGUUCUUGUAGCUGAUAUCCAGGGGCGUCGUCCUGCUUGUCCUCCUUUUUCUUGCGGCCAUCUGCAAGACGUCCAGUACCCUUUCCGCCGGAGAGGUGAUCCAGGCGAGUGUGGAGUUACAUAUUACGAGCUGGCUUGCACCGAUAGCAGGGCUACCAUUAUGAUCAACAGCUGGACAUACUUUGUGACUGAGAUAAAUUAUGCCAAUUCUUCCUUCUUGGUUGUCGAUGCCAAGUUGGACUUGAGCAGCAGCUGCCCUAUUCCUCGCCGGAACCCGCAGCCUUACCUCUUUGGCCUUUAUAGGUUAGAAGGCUCGGAGUACAUGUAUGAACUGGCCCCUCGCUCAGUUAUGUUUGCUACCUUUGUGAAUUGCUCGCAGGAGGUCAGGAACAAUAGUCCAUACUUACCGGUUGCUUGCCGCAGCACGAGCUCCUCUUUUGUUUAUGUGCUGAUUGGUGAUCCCACUGACAUUUUCGCCCUCAAGCCUUCCUGUGGAUACCUGGGUGUGAUUAUUUUGGAAGGCGAGAGAUCGCCAUAUUAUGCAAAUUAUGGAGAUGUCAUGGAAUCCAUGAGAAACGGAUUUGCAGUUAGUUUUCGGCAAGAUCUUGUUACAAGCUUUGGACCCUUGCCAUUGCUCAGUAUUGGCGAAUUAAUCAGUCGACUGAAGUCUAGAAGCUAUACGUGGGAAAAGAUUUUGGAUCUUUUGCUAACUCGUUUGUUUCCUAGUAUACCUGGAAAAUAUGCAUAUGCAACAAUUCCCAUGUGGAUUGCCCAGUGGAUUGCAAUAACUGCUGUACUAUGCAGGUUCAUGCUGCCGCCACUGGUGGUAUUGACUUUCCUUGCCUACAAGUACUGGAGAACAAGGAUAACAAUUGAUGCAGUCGAGAAGUUCUUGCGGAUGCAACAAAUGGUGGGCCCAAUCAGGUACAGCUACACAGACAUCACCGCAGUAACAAGGCAUUUCAGAGAUAAAUUGGGCCAAGGGGGCUAUGGCUCAGUCUACAAAGGUGUUCUUCUCCCAGGAGAUAUCCAUGUUGCUGUUAAGAUGCUAGCAGGUAGCUCCAAUUGCAACGGAGAAGAUUUUAUAAGUGAGGUCUCCACCAUUGGCAGGAUCCACCACGUCAAUGUGGUCCAUCUCAUGGGGUUCUGCUCGGAGGAAAUGAGAAGGGCCCUAAUCUAUGAGUAUAUGCCUAAUGGUUCUCUUGAUAAAUACAUCUUUUCGUCGGAAAGGAGCUUCUCUUGGGACAAGCUCAAUGAGAUUGCUUUGGGGAUUGCGAGGGGUAUCAACUACCUGCAUCAGGGGUGCGACAUGCAAAUCUUGCACUUUGACAUCAAGCCGCACAACAUUCUUCUCGAUACCAAUUUGGUUCCCAAAGUUGCUGAUUUCGGCCUGGCCAAACUGUACCCAAGGGAUGACAGCUUUGUGCCGUCGAGUGCCAUGCGGGGAACCAUUGGGUACAUAGCUCCUGAGAUGGUAUCUCGGAGCUUUGGUGUGGUAUCCAGCAAAUCUGAUGUUUACAGCUUUGGAAUGCUGCUACUGGAAAUGGCAGGAGGACGCCGGAAUGCUGACCCGAAUGCAUCAAACUCAAGCCAGGCGUACUACCCGUCCUGGGUGUACGACAGGCUAACAAGGCAACAAGAAGUGGGUGAGAUAUCUGCGGCAGAUGAGAUGCACGAGUUGGAGAGGAAGCUUUGUCUCGUUGGGUUAUGUUGCAUCCAGAUGAAGCCUCACGAUCGGCCGACGAUGAGCGAGGCCAUAGAGAUGCUCGAAGGUGGCGUUGACGGCCUGCACGUGCCUUCGAGGCCAUUCUUCUGUGACGAUGAGCACACCCCUGUAGCUGCGGAUUCUCACCACGUCUUCUCUGAGCUGACUACUCUGUCGGAGGAGGAUGAGUUUGAUGGUGCUUCUACGCAAGACAACAGCGCUGGUCUUAGAAAUGCAUAGUAGUCAGUAGAGUGGGUUCACGGUUCAGUGAGAUUUACUGGUUUUUACUCUUUUGUAGCAGUGCCGUGCUACGGUAUGUACUAUGAUUGAAAUCUUGCUGCUGUACGUGGAUGUGCCUGACAAAUAUAUGUCACAUAAUAUGGAAUUUUGGUGACCGCCUGAUGGUCGCGGAUUA